ACCGUGGCGCCCCUUCACUUCUCGCUUUCGACCUUCCGCGAGAAACCGAACAAAACUUGCCAAAGCUGCCGGUUAUAAAGCUCGCUUUUAUUCUCCUCAAAGAAGUACAAACUCUUGGGUGGCGACGGCGGCAGCAACAGCAGGGGGGAAAAACAUACUCGCGACGAUCAGAAGCCACAAAAGCUGUUGCAAGCAGUUCUGUCCCGUUGCUACUAUCCGCUGACCGGCUACUCGGCCGCCCCUUGCCUUCCCCCUCGGCAGGUUGUGAACGGGCGGCUGCUUCCCCUCCCCCCCCGCGAAAGUGGGGAAGGAGGGGAGGGAGUUGAUCGCGCGUCCCUCCCCACUCUCGCCUAGGGGGAGGGGAAAGGAGAUGAACCUCGCAUUGUUCCCCUAAGCAAGCGACUGCUUUCUGGGCCAUGGGCUCCGCGCCUUUGUUCCCAGGCUGAGCCCUUUCCCAGCCGCCGCCGCCUGCUCUCGGAUCCAAAAGCAAACGCGGAGCUUUUCCUUCUGAGGCAAGAUGGAUGUGACUGUUUCUGAGCUCCUGGAACUCUUCCUCCAGAGCCCUUUGGUGACCUGGGUAAAAACGUUUGGACUACUAGGGAAUGAUAAUGAAGACAAACUUGCACUGUAUAUGAAUCUAGCAGAUGGAGUCUUCCUGAAUAAAAUAAUGUUGCAAAUAGAUCCACGGCCAACAAACCAACGCUUCAACGAGCAUGUCAACAAUGAUGUAAACCUACGGAUACAAAACCUCACUAUUUUGGUCAGGAACAUCAAAACCUAUUAUCAGGAAGUCCUCCAGCAACUGAUCAUAAUGAAUUUGCCAAAUGUCUUAACAAUUGGCAAAGAUCCUCUCUCUGGUAAAAGUAUGGAUGAAAUUAAGAAGCUGCUACUUUUGGUAUUGGGUUGUGCUGUACAGUGUGAAAGAAAAGAAGAAUUCAUUGAAAGAAUAAAGCAGCUAGAUAUUGAAACUCAAGCCGCAAUUGUUUCACAUAUCCAAGAGGUAACCCAUAAUCAAGAGAAUGUAUUUGACUUGCAGUGGUUAGAGCUACCAGCUAUGGCUCCAGAAGAACUAGAGUCUCUUUCCAGAAAUAUGGUUUUUCACCUUAAGAGGCUGAUUGAUGAGAGAGAUGAGUGCACUGAGGUAAUUGUAGAUCUCACUCAAGACAGAGAUUACCUGCAGUCCCAAACGCCGCUGAGUCCUCUAAAAACAUCAAGUCCAGCUUCUUCCCCAAAUCUUGCCAGCCGUCUCUCCAAUGAGGACAAGCAGCAUUUGUCUGUGGAGCUUGCAGAUGCAAAAGCCAAACUAAGAAGGAUCAGGCAGGAGCUGACAGGGAUACUGACAAAAAGAGAAUUGAAGAGCUCUUGGAAGAAAAUAUGGUGCUAGAAAUUGCACAGAAACAAAGUAUGAAUGAGUCAGUCCACCUCGGCAAGGAACUGGAACAACUGUCAAAGAAUACAGAUCUCUCAGAUACAAGGAAAUCUUUUGUCUUUGAGUUGAAUGAAUGUGCAUCAAGUCGUAUCUUGAAACUUGAGAAAGAUAACCAGAGCCUGCAAAAUAUCAUCCAGGAGCUCAGAGAUGCAUCUGUAGUCACUGAAGAGAAUAGCCUCAAAUUUGUAGAACUGCAAAAUGAGAAUCAACAGCUUGGCCAAAAGAUUGAGAAGCUGCAAAAUCAGAUAGAAAAGGAGAAACAAAGUAACCAAGACUUGGAGGCUUUAAGUGAAGAACUCUUGAAAGAAAAGCAAGAUCUUAAGAACACAAUGGAGGCUUUAAAAGCUGACCAAGAAAGACAGAUACAAGACCUAGAAAAAGAAACUGAUCACCUGAAUCAAGUGGUUUUCUCUCUAAGACAGAGAUCUCAAGUCAGUACAGAGGCCAAAGUGAAAAACAUUGAAAUGGAAAACAAAAUGCUUCACGAGGCAGUUAGUGAGAGCAACAGCAAGCUCAGUAAACUUGAAUUUGAAAAAAAGCAGUUGCAAAAAGAUUUUGAGCAAGUUAAAGAAAAAGUAGAAAGAGUAGAAGAAAUGGAUAAAGAGCUUCAUCGGCUAGAAAAAGUGAAUGACCAGCUUGCCAAAAAAGUUGCAGUCAUGAAAAUUACCACUGAGAAAGUAGAAGUACUUGAACAAGAAAACAAGGAUCUGGAAGUAGAAAACAGAAAGCUGAAAAAGUCUCUAGAUACUUUGCACAAUGUUUCUAUUCAGCUGGAAAAUUUAGAAAAGAAUAAUAAACAACUAGAUGACAAAAACCUGGAGCUCAGGCAAAUUGUAGAAACUAUGAGAUUCACCAGUACAAAAUUAGCCCAGAUAGAGGCAGAAAACAAAGAGCUAGAAAAGGAAAAGGAAGAACUUCAAAAAAACAUAGUCAUGCUGAAAGUCCUGCUCAAGAAAUCAGAAAGGUUGGAGCUGAGUUACCAGAGUAUGAAUGCUGAGAAUCAAAAACUGCAGCAAAUUCUAGAAAGUAACAAUAAAAAUGUUCAACUGUUGGAAAAAGAACUCCAGCGUGUUGAAGAUGACAAUCAAAGUCUUCAGAGAAAAUUGGAAGAACUGAAGAUCUCAAGUAAGCAGGUGGAAUGGUUGGAAAAAGAGAAGAAAUUGUUGGAGCAGGAAGUAUUUCAAUUGGAUAAAGACAAAAAGAUGUUGGAAAAAGAGACAAAGAGACUGUGGCAGCAAGUAGAGCUAAAAGAUGCUAACUUGGAUGAGAAUACUAUAAAAUUAACAGCAAUUGAAAAGGAAUACAAGAUUUUAGAAAGAGAACUUGCUAGAGUCAGUGCUUCAUCAAAUAAGAUGAAGGAAUUUGAAAAGAACAAUAAAGAUCUACAGAAGCAAGUUACUAUUGACAAGAGAACUCUAGAUACGUUAAGAGAGGAUUUAGUUCUUGAGAAGUUGAAAAGCCAAAAGUUAUCUAGUGAGAUGGAUAAAUUGGACAUGGAACUAGAGAAGAUGGGACUAAAUAAGGAGCUGCUUCUGCAGGAUGAUAAUGGCAACAGUGAUAAGAAAUAUAAAAUCUUGGAAAGCCAAACUGAAUGUAUUCUAAAGACAACACUAGCUAGUAAAGAAGAGAAAAUUGUUGCAUUGGAGGCCAAACUACAAGAGUUUGUUAACUUAAACCAACAGUUACAGAACGAACUAAACAUGAUGAGGAAGGAUUUUGAAUGUCUUAAGCAGAAGCAAGAAGAGGGAUUUUUUGUGCAGAAUCAACCGUUGGAAAAUUGUCAGAAGGAAGCAACGAUGGAGCUUCUCAAAGUGAAGGACAGAGCUAUAGAUCUAGAAAGGAAUAAUGCAGCCCUGCAAACAGGGAUACAGCUUCAUAAGGAGCAACUAGCACGUUUGGAAGUGCAGAAUAGCUCCCUCAAUAGCCAGAUCCUGACUCUACAAAAGCAAAAUGCUUUCCUUCAAGAGCAUAAUACUGCAAUGCAAACACAAACAGCUAAACUCCAGGUGGAGAAUUCAACCCUGAAUUCCCAGAGUACAUCCUUGAUGACCCAGAAUACCUUACUCCAGAAUCAGCAGCUGGCCAAGGAGCAUGAAAAUGACAACCUGCUGAAGCAGAAAGAGCAACUCAAAGCAGAAUAUGAGUCGCUUCUUCAGGAUCAUGAACACCUCGUGUUGCUGCACGAAAGGCAGUCUACAGAAUAUGAAGCACUAAUCAAACAGCACAGCAACCUAAAAAGUUUGCACAAAAAUCUUGACUUGGAGCACAAAGAUCUAGGGGAAAGAUACAGCAGUUUAAUAGAACACAAAACAGAACUGGAAGAGAUGGAGAUGAUUUUAAAGACAGAAAAGGAUGUUUUACAACAGGAGAAGAGAACAAGUACAAUAAUGAUUGCAGAGAACCAAAAGCUUAGAGAAGAAAUAGAAAGGAUGAAUAUGUCACACAUCAAACUUAAAGCUGAGUAUGAAGGGCUUCAUAGUCACACUAAGGAGCUGAAAACAUCCUUGAAUAAUUCUCAACUAGAGCUGAACCGUUGGCAAGCUCGUUAUGAUGAACUGAAGGAACAGCACCAGAAUAUGGACAUCACCUUAACUAAACUGGACAACCACUGUGAGCUGCUUGGUCGACUAAAAGGAAACUUGGAAGAAGAGAAUCAUCAUCUUCUCAGUCAAAUCCAACUAUUAAGUCAUCAGAAUCAAAUGUUGCUGGAACAGAACAUGGAGAAUAAAGAACAAUACCACGAGGAACAAAAGCAAUAUAUUGAUAAAUUAAAUGACUUAAGGAGACACAAAGAAAAAUUGGAAGAGAAAAUAAUGGAUCAAUACAGGUUUUAUGAUCCAACCCCAAAAAAGAAAAACCACUGGAUAGGAGCUAAAGCCUUGGUUAAAUUCAUGAAGGCAAAGAAAGAGCCAACGAGAGAACGAAUGAAAUCUUCAGCAGAUAGUUCUCCAUCUCAGUUAGAAAGCAUGGAGACAGCGGAGUCACAAACUCCAUCACAGCUACCCAAGCAACAGAAGAGUCUGGAAACUACUUCCAAAGAUUUCAGCUUCGUGGAAGACAAAGAGCAUAAAGCAGGACCCAUGGUCAAAGGUAGGCAUUUCAUUUCGUUGGAGAGUGAAUUAGCUUUGUAGCACCGUUCUGAUUAG